UUAUUAUCGACGCCCUUUUUCCCACUCUCGUUGUUGCAGCAGGUGAAAAUCCGGGGCAUUUAUGGCCCUCCUCGGCUUAUAAAUCCAUCUCCGCAUUCAUUGCCCACGUCCCGUCUCCUUGUCUGUGUCGCCAACCGCCCAAGCUCCGCUGCCUUGCUAGAGGGAGGAUACAUCGAUCUAGUCGUCGGUGAUAGCGUUUUGUCGUCGGCGGUGGUGCAACCGGCGCCAUGGGGAGGACUCCCUGCUGCGAGAGCAAGGGGGUGAAGAAAGGGCCCUGGACGCCGGAGGAGGACAAGCUCCUCGUCGAGUACGUCCAGGCCAACGCCCCCGGCAACUGGCGCAUGCUUCCCAAGCUCGCCGGGCUGAACCGGUGCGGCAAGAGCUGCCGGCUGCGGUGGACGAACUACCUACGGCCGGACAUCAAGCGCGGGCCCUUCACCCCCGAGGAGCACAAGUCCAUCCUCCAGCUCCACGCCAUCGUCGGCAACAAGUGGUCCAUGAUCGCCGCGCAGCUGCCGGGCCGGACGGACAACGAGAUCAAGAACUACUGGAACACCAACCUCAAGAAGCAGCUCCGCCAGCAGGCGGCGCUCAACCCGGCAGGCGACCACCCCGGCCUGGCACUGGCCGGAUCCGGCUCCAGCUCCCUCGCCGCGCGCCACACGGCCCAGUGGGAGACCGCCCGCCUCGAGGCCGAGGCGCGCCUCUCCAUGCUCUCCACCUCCGCCGCCACCACCAGCGUCACCGCCUCGUCGUCCUCAUCCACCGCUGAGCACGGGGCGCCUGAUGCGCCGUCCUCCGACGUCUUCCUCCGGCUCUGGAACUCAGAGGUCGGGGACACCUUCCGCCGCAAGUCCGUGCGCGAAGAGGCGGCGCCACCACAGAAGGAAGGAGGGGCGCCAGCAGCGGCGGUGCUGCGACCGCCAAGGGAUGACUACUCGUCGGCGGCGUCCAAUGUGACCACGGCCAUGAUGGCGGAGGACUACCACGCGUUCCUGGACCUGGCGGCCGAGGAGCUCGGCCUCUUCCACGGCGGCUUCUCGCUGUACCCGCCGGCCGACGGGCUGUUCUCCGAUUUCCACUAAGCUAGGCUAAGCGAGGCUCUGCGUAUCUUGGAGUACUGUACUGACGUACUUUCAGCACUAUGCAUGCGUACGCGUACGUACAUACUGCGUGUAUGUGGUACACAUGACAAGCAGGCGUGUGCAUGCAUGUCGUGUGUUGCCGUGGCGUGUGUACGUAGAUGUACCGUGCAGUGUAACAAAUGUGCGCGUCAGUGCACAACUUUGUGAUGGCAGGGCAGGGUAGAGCAAGUUAGGGUUUUUAUUCGACUGCUCUAGCUAUGAGUCUAGGAUUGACACGACAAGACAUCUGCUGAUGCUUGGCGUGAACUUCUCAGACCUUUAUUUUUCUUUUAUUAUUGUCUUGUGCAAACAGAUCAGCAUGUGUGUACUUUUGGUUA